AUGACGGCAGAAGAAACGACUCCAAACUACCCUGUGACCUUCUCUCAGGCACAAGUUCAGGAAUACCUCGAGUUCCUUCAAUUUACAAAAGAUGAAAUCGAAAAUAUCCAAAAACCUACGUUUGAGAACCUCGCAAUCCUUGUGAUCAGACAUCUAGCUACUGCACCGUUUUCUAGUGUUGACAUCCACUACUCCAAAGAUCACACCAUAACCAUCGCCAUCGAUGCCAUCUUUGACAAAGUCGUCAAACGCAAAAGAGGCGGCUACUGCAUGGAACUCAACAAUCUUUUCUCAUGCUUGCUUGCUACCCUCGGAUUCAACACAUGGCUUUGUCCUUCCCGAGCUACUAGCAAUCAUGGCGGGGACGUCAAGAACCGUGCUUACCAUGGCAUCUCACACUGCGUGAACCUCGUUGAAUUUGAAGAUGGGAAGAAAUACCUAGUCGAUGUCGGGUACGGUGGUGCUGCUAUCGUGCGACCUAUGGAGCUUAUUGAAGGGACUCUAAUCGACGGGGUGGGAGAAGAGCAACACCGACUGAUCAAAGCGACUGUUCCGGAAGCAAGAAGGAAGGAAUUACAUUGGUUGGUACAGCAUAAAUUGAGCUCUGAGGAGGACUGGACGGAUCUUUACAUGUUUUUUGAGGUCGAAGCGAUAUUGGAUGAUUGUGUUAUCUGGUCCAAUUGGUCUUCGACCCAGGAAGCGCUCUUCAGGAGUAAUAUCUUGGUAGCGAUGGUUAUCAGGGAAGGGAAUGAGCCGGUGGGGAAGUAUACGCUAUGGAAUGGGAUAGUUAGGAAGAAAUAUCAGACCGAGCUAGAAUAUUUCCCAUUGGUAAACGAAGAGGAGAGGGUGAAGGCCUUCAGGACGUAUUUUGGGAUUGAGCUUUCCGAGGAGGACGCCGAGGCUAUAAAGGGUAGAGAGCCGGAAUUAAAACCUGCCGAUACGGAUGCGACCCAUUGA